AUGCCUCAAGCUCAGCCGGAAUUGAAAAAAUACAUGGAAAAGCGGAUCUUUUGCCAAUUGAACGGCAACCGCAAAGUCAUUGGUAUUCUGCGAGGUUACGAUGUACGUCUUUUUAUCCUCUUCGAGUUCCUACGAUCCUGGAGCUUUGUCGUUUGCGCUUUCAUCUCGUCUCGUCUUGUCAAUGCCCGGGAAGUCGUGCGCCGACGGCACAUGCGAGCGAAUGUUCUAGGCUAUUUCAUAUCCCCGGGGAAAGGCUAA